CCUUCUUCUUCAUCAGUACUGGUUUCUUUCUUCUUCUGAUCUCCUUCUAGCUAGGUAUGCUUGUAAGUAGUGUGCAUGAUUUGGUGAAACAAUUGAUAUAAGACGUCGUAUAUAAACGUAAAAGUGGAUCGGAAACAUGCAUGGGAAGAGGCCCCUUCCUCCCAAUGAAGAGGAGGAGAAAGCGGAGGAGGAUAACUUCCCUGUCUACUCGGCUCGAUCCCAGCAAGACAUGUCUGCCAUGGUUUCAGCCCUAUCUCAAGUUAUUAGUAACAGAGAACAUCAUCACCUGCAUGCAAAUCCCUUCGUCACACCCCAACUAAUUCCUGCUGCCACAACGGAUCAACCACAACAUCAACCGACUACUCUAGAUCAAGGGAACACGAGGAGAAGACACUAUAGAGGAGUAAGGCAGAGGCCUUGGGGAAAAUGGGCAGCCGAGAUUCGAGACCCACAAAAAGCAGCAAGAGUUUGGCUUGGGACAUUCGAGACGGCUGAGGGUGCAGCUCUUGCUUAUGAUGAAGCAGCUCUGAGGUUCAAAGGAAGCAAAGCAAAGCUUAACUUCCCGGAAAGAGUUCAAGGGAGAAACGAAAUAGGUUACCUCACUACUACUCGUCCAGACUCGCAACUUCCUGAUCUCGACCCAAGCCUUAAUCAUAUCAUGCAUCAUCCUCCUCCUCCUCAACAAACAUACAAUAUUCCCAAUCUUUUUCAAUAUGAUGCACAACUUCUUCAGGCUACGCCUACACCAACUCUGCACGGCCAACAAGUAUUUGCUUCGCAAACCUCAUCAACUACAUCUUCGUCGGCAUCUUCUCAACACCAGCAGCAGCAACAAGAUCAGCUUCUAAGAUUUUCGACGCCGUUUGGAAGUAGUAGUAGUUCGUCUUCUUCUCGCACUAAUCUGCCUCCUCAUAAGAACAGGAGAGACAGCUUUGACACCAGUCACUCAAAAUGAUAGUUUGCUGAAGGGCGGGUUUUAUGUUAUUCCUUUUCCGCACCUUAAUUUGUUUAUAUUUUUUUUUUUUAUGAAACUUUCUUCAACUUAAGAAUAAUUAAUUAACAAGUGUUUGAUGAAAUUUUGCAAGAUAAA